UUCGAUUGGUACAAUAUUUCGUCAUCAUACUCUUUGGCCAGCAUAACAGAAAUAAAACUUUUCAUCACUUUUCAUUUUCAAUAAGGGAAAAAUUUACAUAUCACCCGUUUAUCGAGAUAAUCUUAAGUGUAUAAUCUUUAUUUACUUUUCCUGGGAGUGAUAUUGUGAAAAUCUUUGGAAUUAUAAGUAAAAAGUGGCAAAAUCAGUAUAAGAAUAUGGCAGAGAUUGGCGAAAAAUACAACACUAAAUGCCCUGGUGUGAAACGUCUGAUGCGAGAGGCUAUAGAGUUAGCAGAAGCUACAGAAGAAUACUGCGCAAGGCCAUUGGAAGAUAACUUAUUCGAGUGGCACUUUACAAUACAAGGACCGAAAGGUACAGAUUUUGAGGAUGGCGUCUACCAUGGUAGGAUACUGUUACCUAAAGAAUAUCCUAUGCAUCCACCGCAUAUCAUACUAUUAACACCUAAUGGAAGGUUCGAAGUUAACAAAAAGAUUUGCUUGUCUAUAUCUGGACAUCAUCCAGAGACAUGGCAACCUUCAUGGUCGAUAAGAACAGCUCUUCUGGCUCUGAUUGCCUUUAUGCCAACACCAGCGGAAGGUACUAUCGGAUCGCUGGACUACAGUCCAGCAGAACGGAAAAUUCUGGCAAAGAAAUCGCGAACAUGGUCAUGUUCGGAAUGUGGGGAAAUAAUAAAUUUGCUAUCUUCAACAGCAGCUAAACCCUUAACUGAGGAAGAACAGUCUGUUUUAAACCAAAUAGCAUUUAAAGGUGAAGAUGAGCAAGCAAAGCCACCUGUGGAUGAGACAGCUCCAGAAGUUGAGCCGCAAGUGAUUGAAUCAUCAGACAACAGUACUACAUUCUUAGAUCAACUAACGGAGAUUCUUGUAGCACUGCUUGUUGGUGCGAUUGGCAUAUUCAUAUACCGACGUUGGAAUACACAUCAAACUGCAGCCGGUGAUGAAAUGUAAAACACUUGAGAUUUCUGAAGUAUUUUAAGAUAAUGAAUGUUAAAAAUUUAACUUAUAGGACUUACAGACAUGUUUUUGUCAACAAAAGUCAACACACUAUAGUAAUAUCAAAAUUAUUUCAGUCUGCCUCAGUAAGUUUUUGAGACAAAAACAUUUCAAUAUUUGAAUAGCUUUUUAAAAUGUAAUUUUUAAGUAAAUACAUUGCACAUUUUAAACUUAGUCAUAACAAGUAUUUAUGUUUUCUAUUAAAAUCACUUUAUAGCUUCUAAUGUUGAUAUUUCAAAUUGACCUGAAAUUUAUUGUUUUUAAAUUGAUGAUUUAAAAAUUUAGUUGUACUCUUGCCAGUGUCCCAGAGUGGGACUUGGAGAUUAUCAUAAUGGAAAAUACUCCGUUAUGAUAAAUAUAAAAUAAAUCUUUUGAAUAUUUAUAUAGUUUAUUUAGUAGUGUUAAAAAAUAUUUUGUUCAU